AUGACUCUCGCAGAAGGAUGUUUAGGAGCAGUAUCAACUGGCGUGGCUAUAUGUCUACUCUACUACUUCAUUGGUAACUCUGCCCGACGCCUUCCACUACCACCUGGUCCUCCUGGCGACCCAAUCAUUGGCCAUCUGCGAUCCUUGCCUCAAGAGAAUGAACCCGGGAAAGUCUAUCACGAAUGGGCGAAGAAAUACGGGGAUGUCAUGCGAGUGACAAUUCUAGGACGCUCAAUGAUUAUUCUAGGCAGUCAACAAGCAGCAACGGAUCUCCUGGAGAAACGGCGCGGCAUCUAUAGUGAUAGGCCCGACACCCCCGUCUACGACAUCAUGGGUUGGAGUGUAAACCUUGUAUUCACGAAAUAUGCGUCGACACGGUUUCGGAAACUCAAAAGAGUGUUUCAACAAACCCUCUCACAAAAUGGCUGUGUUCAGUUCCAGCAGACUCAAAUAGAGAAUGCCCACAUCUUGGUGAAUGACUUGAUGAAAAACAAAGGGGACUAUGUUUAUUUGAUUGGCCGAUAUUCUACAUCUAUAUCAAUGAGAAUCGCGUACGGUCAUCAGAUCCGUUCUGAUGAUGACGAGUACAUUAAGAUUGGGACGGAGGGUGCGAACAGCUUUUUAGUCGGCGGAACGCCAGGUGCCACAAUGAUUGACCUAUUUCCUAUUUUGAAGCACUUCCCAGCAUGGUUCCCGGGUACGCAUUAUGCGGAAACAGCGCGCACAUGGAAGCCUGUUGUAGACCGAAUGCACAAUUAUCCGUACGACGUCGUUCGCGAGGAAAUGGCCAGAGGAUUAGCGAAGCCUUGCAUUCUUGCCGCCGAGCUGCAACGCCGAGGCGAACAAGUAUUGUCAGACGAAGACGUCAGCGUACUCAAAGGUGUUGCUGGUGCCGUCCACGCAGGAGGCACAGAAACCACGUCCGCUAGCCUGGCGUUAUUCGCUAUGGCAAUGCUUUUAUACCCAGAGUGCCAAAAGCGUGGCCAAGAAGAGGUUGAUCGGGUCGUUGGAAGGGACAGGCUUCCUACAUUCGAGGAUAAAAGUUCGUUGCCAUACGUUUCCUGCAUUGUUCAAGAGAUUUUACGAUGGCACCCUUCAGUUCCGUCAGGCGUUGCGCACCGCUCCACUGAAGACGACAUUUACCGAGGGAUGUUUAUUCCGAAGGGCUCUGUUGUUAUUCCGAACAUUCGAGGGAUCUCCCUCGACGAAAAUGUGUAUAAAAACCCUACGGAUUUCAACCCAAACCGGUUCCUGCCCAAGUCAGUAGGUGGGAAUGGCGAGCCAGUGUUCAGCGCAGCAUUUGGAUUCGGUCGAAGGAUAUGCCCGGGAAAAUAUCUGGCGCUUAGGAGUGUAUGGAUUGCCGUGGCCACUAUGCUUUCAACCGUCCAUAUCACGAAAGCGAAAGACAAACACGGCAAUGAAAUUGUGCCGCCACUGGAGUUUGAGCAUGGGCUGAUUAGUCACAUCAAGAAUUUUCCGUGCAAUGUUUCAGCCCGUUCUGAGACCGCGCAUAACCUUGUCGUCGAUGCUGUGGGAUACAUCGAUGGCUAG